AUGACUCCCUGGCCAUGGGGCUAUACCUCCUCAAAUAGUACCAAUACCUCCGCGAAAACGAUCACGCCCAUCAAUCAGGAGACGGGAGAGGUACAUGGAUCUCAUCUCGCCAAGCUUGCUCACGCAAAUCCCGAUUUCAGUACUCCUUCUUCCGCCUCCAAAGAUACAUCAAGGACUACGUUACCAAUUCGAAGUCUUGGUGACAGACAUAAGCCGCCAGUCUUCGGAGAGCCUACACCUCUCAAGUCUAGAGUUCUCAAGCCUACAGUUUACGAGCCUCCAGUUUACCAGCCUAAUGUCUACAAUUCACCCAAAUUGGCCUCGGAUGCCGGGAUAAAGGCCCCAGGAAAAACCAUAUCUCGGGCUUCUGGCUACGAAUCAACACAACUCGACAGCUCACCAGGCCUCAGAGCACGCCUGGCAACUAUCCGUGAUCUUCGCCAGCGAAAAUACACUGACGCAGAGAUCGAGACAAUGGUCGCGGAUAUGGGCAAUGUUGGACUCUCCUUCCCCGAGCUUUUGGAGAUGCUCAGGAAUGGACCACAGACGGACACCUCUACUAGGAAAGUGGAGCGCGCUCAGAGCAAGGUUGGUGCGCGACCGGCGACUAGCACAACCCUAACGACACCUGUCAAACGCGAUGUGCCGACAUACUCCCUCAACCCCUCUGAUGUGGGAAGUAGGAGGACUCAGUUGCCCGUCAGGAGCCAGACAACCACAAAACCUAUCAAAUCGCGUUUCGCAGUCGAGAACCUCGCUUCCGUGCAAAUGGAUCUCGCUGCCAGUGACAAGGUGGAUAAGGUGUUGGCUAUAGAUAAGUCCAAGGCCCCUGAAGAGAAGGUUCUCGAGGAAGAGUUCGAGACACUGAACUUGGACUCGGAUGAAGAGGAAUGGGACAAGGUCGACGCGGACGAUGAGUGGGAGGUUGUCGAUGAUCCGAGAGCAGAAGUGGAGAAGAACGCGGUUUAG